CCAGUCGCUGCUGCAUGCAUAUUCGUACUCGCACUGGUACUUGUACCGGUUCUCAAAACAAAAUUCGUUUAUUCACGCGAUAGUCCACAGAAACAAGUUGUCUGGAUCAGACAAAAACCAUCAACCGAGAUAAAAAGACGAGUCUUCGUCGCUCCAACGUUUAUUCCAUCCGAAGAAUCAUGUUUGCCAUCAAGUCCGUUGCUUCCGUUCCUCCGGCUGCCGCUCGGCGUCUCGCCAGCAAGUCGAUUCGGUCGUUGUCAUCUGCCGCUUCGUCGUCCGGUGCUUACCUGAACAAGGGUCUGAAAGACCAGGAUCCUGAGCUUCUUGGCUUGAUCGAACAAGAGAAAGCACGGCAGCGCAACUCACUAGUCCUCAUCGCGUCCGAAAAUUUCACGAGCAAAGCCGUCUUGGAAGCCCUGGGCUCGGUGCUAUCCAACAAAUACAGCGAAGGGUACCCCGGAGCGCGUUACUACGGAGGAAACGAAAACAUCGACCAGGUUGAAUUGCUCUGUCAGAAGCGCGCCCUAGAAGCCUUUAACCUGAACCCCGAGGAAUGGGGCGUGAACGUCCAAUCCCUGUCGGGAUCACCCGCCAACUUUCAGGUGUAUACGGGCCUUUUGGAAACCCAUGAUCGCAUUCUUUCCCUGGAUCUUCCGCACGGAGGCCAUCUGUCCCACGGGUUCCAAACCCCUACCAAAAAGAUUUCGGCCGUCUCGAGAUAUUUCGAAUCCAUGCCCUACCAGCUCGAUCCAUCGACGGGCACCAUCGAUUACGACCAAAUGGAAAAGAGCGCGGAACUCUUCCGACCCAAACUCAUUGUCGCCGGAGCCUCGGCCUACGCUCGCUUGAUCGACUACGAACGCAUCCGAACGAUUGCCGACGGCGUCGGGGCGUAUGUUCUGGCUGAUAUGGCGCACAUUUCCGGUCUUGUUGCCGCCGAGGUCAUCCCUUCCUGCUUCGAUUACGCGGACGUCGUGACGACCACCACGCACAAGUCUCUUCGGGGACCCCGCGGGGCGAUGAUCUUUUACAGAAAAGGACAAAAGGGAACCGAUAAGAAGGGAAAUCCCAUCAUGUACAAUCUAGAGGAGAAAAUCAAUUUUGCGGUCUUUCCGGGAUUGCAGGGCGGACCCCACAACCACACAAUUGGUGCCCUCGCGACCUGUUUGAAACAGGCCAACACCCAAGAAUUCGUGGAAUACCAAAAACAGGUGCUCAAGAAUUCUUCUCGCCUCGCGACCGAGUUGAUUGAUAGAGGUUUCGAACUGGUUAGUGGCGGAACAGACAACCAUCUUGUCCUGGUAGAUUUGAAAUCAUCCCGCCAGAUCGACGGAGCCCGUGUCGAACGGAUUCUGGAGCUGGCGUGCAUCGCCACCAACAAAAACACCAUCCCCGGAGACAGAUCGGCUCUGAAUCCCGGUGGCAUUCGAAUGGGGACGCCGGCACUAACCUCUAGGGGACUGUUGGAGGACGACUUUGCCAAGGUUGCCGAAUUUUUCGAUCGGGCGGUUGCCAUUGCCGUCGAUUUGAAGAACACGGACGAGGGCAAGAAAAUCAAGGGAUUCCGACAGAUGUGCACCGUUGGACCAUCGGUGCAUCCUGACUUGGUGGCUCUGCGAAAGGAAGUUUCGGAAUUUGCAUGCCAAUUUGCAACGGUUGGGUUCGAGGAGAGCGAGAUGGAAUUCGAAGGAGAAUACAAUGUGGACUUUGUUGCCUAGAAACGAACAAUGCAUUGCAGUACUCAAAGCGAUGUCAAUAAUUGAAUCUACGGUAGGCUGUGGGUAGAUUUACUAUAGUUUUUCGUAGCGGUAUUUAUUAUUUGGUAGAGCGUGUCUGCCGCGAAAGGAACAUGGACUCCGUUGAACUGUGCCAGAAUACGCAACGCACUUUUAAUUUCAUUAAUCGAAACAGCAAAUCGCAACUUUAAUCGUACCAAAGAUAAAAAAAUGUAACUUUAUUUUAAGGAAUUGCGUAACUUCGACUAUGAAUUCCUACGAUGGUUUUCAUUGAGAAAGCGCUCUUCUACUAUGCUAGUAGUUUUCCUCUGUUGACUAGUGACGCUCUUAGACUAGACGAGACGAACCAGAAAAUUAGUAGUUUUCAAUUGCAGCUACACAGUCACCAACUGUUGCAGCUCCCGAUGCCAAACGUUCUGUGAUUUCGGUUACGGUUGCACUCUGACGUCGUAACAACACAUCUGCCUCGGCAUAAGCCCAUUUCAACAUAGCUUCCUUCUCUUCCGGCCCUUCUUCUAGCCACCACAAGUCUUUUUCGUUGAUCAAACUAGACUUUUCUAGUCUUGACAAGAAGCCAUCUGCUUCGCGGGGAUCCGAUUGAAUCAAUUGGGGGUGUUUCACGUUCUCCAUCGCAACCGGAGCCAUAAGCCAAACCAGAAUUUUCAUGAUGCCAUUGUUUGUUAACAGAGGAUCCAAGUCAUUAUCGGGUUGUGAAGAUUCUGCUGCCAUCACUGCAGCCUCCAAGGCAUUGGGGCGAAACGAAAAACACGGUAGACCCAGAGUAUAAGCGGCAAAGAACGCUGCGGCUUCACAUUCACAUUCUCUUUCUGUAUCAACCUGUAUCAGUCGAUUGAAUCCUUUCACGGUCGUGCCCGUCAAUUGUCCAGAUCCUAGACCCAGCGGCAAUUCCUUAGGCAGUUUUUCCCCGACAUCUUUUGCGAAAGUAUUAGUACCGAACUUAAUCAAAUCAUAAAAGUUGUCCAAUGUACCAACCAGCACAAUGAGAACCCACAAAAAACUCGUAAAUGGAGUGAUUUGUUCAAUGUCAAGUACACCAGCUACCCAGCAGAUUCCUAACACAGUAGUUACUGCAAGGGCACUGCUUAUUUCAGUGCCUCUUUCAUCCGUUGGGACAUCUGCCAAUGCGGCUAGACGCUCUGAUCUAGUUUUUGUUGUUCCAUCUGGACACUUGACUUUUGUGUUGGCGGUAGUAGGCAAUGGGAUGAUUUCUCGUUGUAAACUUCCGUACUGGGAGACACUUCCAUUCUUUGCAGACAGGCUUACUAUCUUGGCCAUAGUCUUGGAAUCUUUUGCAGCAGCUGCCGCCUUUUGUAUCAGACAUUUUUAUUGAGAAUGAGUUUCACAAAAGCAGUCAAUGCACGUUAGCUGUGGAUCCUGGCAAACGAAAAAGCCAUCUAACAACCCAACGUUGAGGACACAACAAAAUUUCAUCAGGGAAAAGUACUCACGUCAACCAAAGCCAUCAAAGAACGGCUACUGGCAGACACCCUUCUCGAGUUCAUCUCCUCCAAAAGGUUUAUCGAAUCUUGGAGAGCGACGAUAACCUCGUCCCCCGAAAGCGAUGGCUCGUCCAAGAUUUUUGCGCAUAGACCGGUUAAGACAGCAUCAUACUGGUCACUUUCGUCGAGAUUUGAAAAUGCAGAAGCCAGUUGCGAUUGCAAGGAUGAACCCGCUGCCACCAAGCCUUCCGUGAAAGUCUCCGGACCGUCCUGAUCGUUUGUCGAAAAAACCUCAACGGACCUGAAGUGCCUGGGUGUAGGAGUAUGAAACCCAUUACUGCCCACCAAGGCGAUCAUCAUCACCGCCACUCGAAACAUCAUCAUUCCUUCGUUCGCCAACGAUCUUGUCGUUUUUUUAAAAAAGUAUGGGAGUUCGC